AUGAUAUUGCCCAGCGACUAUACCAAGCUGAAAACGAAGAUAGGAAAGGGCUUUUCCCACAUGAAAGCAGAUGAGUGGAAGUCUUGGGUAUUGGUGUACUCUCCCGUGCUUCUAAAACCAGUUCUUCUGUCCAAUAUGUUUAAUGGCUGGAUGCACUAUGUAAAAGCAUGCCGUAUACUUGUAAAGCCGUCAAUCAGUUUCAUCGAAAUAGACCAAGCACACAGAUAUCUACAAGAAUUCUGUCAAUCUUGUGAAGAUACAUAUAAACCAAAAGUCCUCACCUGCAACAUGCACCUGCACCUCCAUCUUCAUGACACAAUUCGUGAUUUUGGACCCGUGUAUGGCUAUUGGCUCUUUGGUUUUGAGAGAUACAAUGGUUUGUUAAAGAAUAACAAGACAAACAGAAAAAACGGGUUUGAAACAACCUAUAUGACAAAAUUCACUGCAGAUGCAUACAAAGCUGAUUACAUACGAAAUACGUUAUCAUGUUCAAGCCUCAUUCCAUUCCUUCCUCUUUUCGAAAAACUUACCUCUACGACCACACCUAUAACGACCUAUGCCACUUACGCUCCAACCAACCAACAACCUUUCUGA